AGCAGCCCAAUUGACCCAAGUUUCGUGGCUGAACAUACGAGGUAACCAGACCAGUCGAAACCACCCCUCUCUCUCUCUCUCUGCCUUUUGUUCUUGCUUUCCUGUUUGAUUUUCUUCGGCUGCCGUCCCGUCUUGACUCUUCCCCUCAAGCAGGACUUCUGAGCUAAUUAGCAUUGCCAAUCCGAUGAAGCAUGUUUUAAAGCUUUUCUCUCUGUUGGUGGUCAUCUCUGCACUUUGGAUUGGCCUUUUGCAGGCAUCCGUAAUACCACAAAGCCAUACUUGGUUGCUGCCAAUCUAUUUUAUUGUGUCACUUGGAUGCUAUGGCUUAUUAAUGGUUGGAGUUGGACUAAUGCGAUUCCCUACUUGCCCUCAAGAAGCAUUGCUGCUGCAGAAGGACAUUGCUGAAGCCAAGGAUUUUCUGAAACAAAAGGGGGUUGAUGUUGGUUCCGAUUGAUGGUUGCUCCAUAACAUCUCUUCGUGGACCCUAGUGAGAACAAAUUUCUGCAAGCUUUACCAAUGGACCUGUCUUGGAGAGAAAAAGGUACAGAUUGGGAACUAACUUCCAAGUCCGGAAAACUUUCAUAGAAGAAUCAUAUUGCCUUUGUGUCUAACAUUGAGGAGUACUUUUGGUAAAAGAAUUGAGUUACCAAUUUUUUCAGCUCUCAUAGAUUGUCUGCAUACGACAUUUUUUUUACCAUACUUGUUGAUUAAAAUUUUCCCUCACUAUAACACAUUGAAAGUCUGGAACAAAGCUUCAGUGUCCAUCAUACUUCGGCAUAUAUCUUAUUUCAAGGGUUUAGUUUCAUGA